CAGCGCAAUCAGCUGUUGAAGCGGUGUUUUUUAAAUUCAUCAAAUUAUUCCAAAAACAAUGAAGCUACCACUUCAGGGAUACUUUACGUUGCUACAGAUGCACAAUAAGAACAAACAGUUUGUGUGCAUCAAUUGUGGGUGUUCAGUGCCAGAGCUAUACCGACGAAUCAGCUCAACUGUGCUAAAAAUCACAGAAUGCGGUACGUGCAACAAGCCAGCCGACAAGUACAUAGAAUUCGAAGUGCUCAUAAUCUUGAUUGACCUCAUUCUGUUGUCUAAGCCGGCCUACAGACAUAUUCUAUACAAUUCGGAUUGUAAAAAUCUGUGGAAGAUUGGUAUUAUCUUGGUUCUUCUGGAAGCGUACUGUCUGUGGACAGAAGCUUUCAGUCGCUUCACUAGCGUGCGUUACCGGUCGGAUCAUAGUGAUCCUUUCCUAGCAGAAAAAGGAUUUUACGUAUCAUCAUUUCAUAUUUUUAUCGGAACGAUUCUUCUUUACCUGUUUCUCUACGCGUUUACACGCGUCUUACAUCACGUGAAUGUCCCCUCGGUUAGUGGCAAGUCAUAUCCUCUAGCCCUCCUACAUGGUGUCAUUCUGGCAAGCAUUGGUAAAUUUUUCCUUAUUCCCAUCAUCAUUUGGAAGCAGAAUGCAACCGAUUCUGGAAUGGCCAUCCAUAUAUCUCUGGUUGUGGCUUACUUUGUUAUUUCGCUCACCCAGAUCCAUUCUGUGAUAACUUAUUGCUCGAGAACAAAAUCAGCUGUCAUCGUACUGUUAACUUUUAUUGUAAAAACGUACUGUUUAACGGAAAUUAGUUCAUUUCUAAAUAACUUAAUGUAAAUCUA